UGAACACAGCGGUUUUUGAAGAUAAGAGUUAACUUGCCCCAGUUUUAACAGACGGACAUAUAUGCGAUAAUAAAAUUUGUAAAUCACCAAACAUACAAAGGAUACACGCUAAGAGAUGGGAUGUAUUCUUAAAACGGACAUGCGUAUCAUUUUGAUUCUUCUUCAUGUAUCUGGUCUCGACGCACUGGCAUGUUACAGCUGUCACAGUGUAAAAUAUGUUGAACAGUGCAGACACAUUGUAAAUUGUGGCCCAGGUAACAAGUGUUAUUAUAACCAACUGUUCGAGUCGGGCAUUAAAGUAUGGGAGCUUGGUUGUAUGAGAGAAGUGCAAUGCGCUGCAUUGGAACAUUAUCUCGGAAUUUCUCCAGUACACCGUCCUUUAGGCUGUUGUGACGACACAGAUUUGUGUAACCGUCUUCAUGCAAACAUAUCCACAACUAAUGCCCAUGUAAGCACAACGACCGGGCCAAGAACGACAACUCAUCAACCUAAAAUCGUUAUUAACGCCCCUGAUCAAGCUGUUUACCAGAGUACGGUACAGUUGUCGUGUGUGACAAUACCGCCAGCUGAAAAAUAUUCCUGGACAUUCAAUGGGACAACGACACUUCCUUCCUCUGUGACAACAGUACAGUAUACCCCUACCACAGAUGCACGUGCCGGAACUGACGUUUUAACAAUUUUGAAAAUUGAUUUGACAUCAUUUGGUUCAUAUACAUGUACCGGAACCAUUCAUGGCAUCUUGGUUUCUGCCUCCCAUUUUAUUCACAUAAUGCCAGAAACAGUACCUGUCGGGCUUAUAGGAUGAACUGCUUCAGAAAAGAAUUGAAAUGAAUAAACUGCAUUAAAACUACUUUAAAAAAA